AUGUCAGAAGCAGCAAAAGAAAAGCUAGCAGCAUUGAUGCGAGAGCAUCCCAAACCAACUGGGAUUAUCUUAGGUUAUGGUACUGCAGGUUUUCGUUCUCGAUCAGACAUACUUCCUUGGAUAAUGAUUCGAAUCGGUAUUCUUGCUGCACUUCGAUCAAAAGUUAAACAAGCUUGUAUUGGAACAAUGAUAACAGCGUCACAUAAUCCAGAACAUGAUAAUGGUGUAAAAUUGAUCGAUCCUCAUGGCGAAAUGCUCGACCAAUCGUGGGAAGUUUUUGCAAAUAAUUUAUCAUCGCUCGAUGAUGACGUUAAUAAACUAUGGAAGUACUUGGAAACAUUAAUGGCACAAUUGAAUGUUCAACUACAUGACAAUGCCAUGAUUGCCAUCGCAUACGAUACACGACAGAGUAGUCCUCUUCUAGCAAGCAUCGUUCAACGAGCAGCAGAAAUUUUCUACGCAAAUGUGAUGAAUUUUGAAUUAUUGACUACUCCACAACUUCAUUACGCUGUUCGAUGCUACAAUGAUGACGGACUUUACGGACAUUAUACUGAAGCCGGUUAUUUUACGAAACUGUGUACUGCCUUUCAAAAUUUAAUUGAGAUGACACCGAAUACCAAACCUUGUGAAACGCUCGCUGUUGAUGCUGCUAAUGGCAUUGGUGCUCAUAAACUUACCUAUGUAAAUCAACAAUUGCCAGGUUUACUUCAUCUUGAAAUAUUCAACGAUGGUACACGUGGUCAUUUGAAUGAAAAAUGCGGUGCAGAUUAUGUUAAAUUAUAUCAGAAAGCUCCUGAGGGUUUACCAUUGACAAACUAUUCUAAAUACUGUUCAAUCGAUGGUGAUGCCGAUCGUUUAGUGUACUUUUUCAUGGAUCAAAAUCAUCAAUUUCGUAUGCUUGAUGGCGACCGAUUUUCAGUUCUAUUCGUAGCAUUUAUUGCAAAGAAAUUACAAGAAGCUAAAUUACUUGAUCAAGUACAGAUCGGCGUUAUUCAGACGGCCUAUGCCAAUGGAAGUUCAACGGAUUAUAUUAUCAAUAUAUUAAAAGUGCCAGUCGCUUGUGUACCAACUGGUGUGAAACAUUUACAUCACAAAGCACUUGAUUAUGACAUUGGUAUUUAUUUCGAAGCCAAUGGUCAUGGAACAAUACUAUUCAGUGAUAAUGUAAAGAAUAAGAUAAAAGCUGCAGCAGAAGAUGCAAAUCGAACUGAAGCCGAACGUUUAGCUGCGAAUCAACUUCGAGCAUUUAUUGAUAUUAUUAACGAAACUGUUGGUGAUGCGAUUGCUGAUUUACUUGCAACAGAAGCUAUUCUAUCUGUGUUGAAUCUGUCCAUAGAAGGCUGGUUGAAUUUAUAUACUGAUCUACCUCAACGACAACUAAAAGUUCCGGUCAAAGAUCGAACAAUGAUACAAACAACCGAUGCCGAACGUCGUUGUGUGGCUCCAGUUCACCUACAAGAUUGUAUCGAUGAACUAGUUUCAAAAUAUCCAUCGGGCCGUUCGUUUGUUCGGCCAUCAGGUACAGAAGAUAUCGUACGUGUUUAUGCAGAAGCUGCAACGCAAGAGCAAGCCGAUCAACUAGCUGAUGCCGUACGAAAAAUUGUAGAAGAUAUGACAAAAUGA